CCCGUUGCUUGAUGCUCUGUGAGCACAGACGGAAUUCAUCAACAUGUUACUAUGGUGAAAAAGAUCCAUUGUUCGAGAUGACGGACAGAGCUUAUUUAAAUGCCGAUGUCGGCCAUAGAGCGAAUCACUCUGAUUGCUGUCGCUGUGGUAUAUAGACGUCUAGUGCUGCCCCAACAAUCUCAACAAUCUUAAGCCAAAAUGUGUGACGAAGAGGCAUCAGCUCUGGUUGUGGACAAUGGAUCCGGCAUGUGCAAGGCUGGCUUUGCUGGCGAUGAUGCUCCACGCGCUGUCUUCCCAUCGAUUGUGGGCCGUCCUCGUCACCAGGGCGUGAUGGUGGGCAUGGGUCAGAAGGAUUGCUAUGUUGGCGACGAGGCGCAGAGCAAGCGUGGUAUUCUCUCCCUGAAAUAUCCCAUUGAGCAUGGCAUCAUCACCAACUGGGACGACAUGGAGAAGGUCUGGCAUCAUACCUUCUACAAUGAGCUGCGUGUGGCCCCCGAGGAGCAUCCCGUCCUCCUCACCGAAGCCCCACUCAACCCAAAGGCCAAUCGCGAGAAGAUGACACAGAUCAUGUUCGAGACCUUCAACUCGCCAGCCAUGUACGUGGCCAUUCAGGCAGUUCUCUCCCUGUACGCCUCCGGUCGUACCACGGGCAUUGUCCUGGAUUCCGGUGACGGUGUCUCGCACACUGUGCCCAUCUAUGAGGGUUAUGCUUUGCCACAUGCCAUCCUUCGUCUGGACUUGGCUGGUCGCGAUCUGACCGACUAUCUGAUGAAGAUCCUCACCGAGCGUGGCUACUCCUUCACCACAACCGCUGAGCGUGAAAUUGUGCGCGACAUCAAGGAGAAGCUGUGCUAUGUUGCCCUGGACUUUGAGCAGGAAAUGGCCACAGCGGCUGCUUCCACCUCCCUCGAGAAGUCCUAUGAGUUGCCCGAUGGCCAGGUGAUCACCAUUGGCAAUGAGCGCUUCCGCACACCCGAGGCUCUGUUCCAGCCCUCAUUCCUGGGCAUGGAGUCCUGCGGCAUUCACGAAACCGUCUAUCAGUCGAUCAUGAAGUGCGAUGUGGACAUCCGCAAGGAUUUGUAUGCCAACAAUGUUCUGUCCGGCGGUACCACCAUGUAUCCAGGUAUUGCUGAUCGUAUGCAGAAGGAAAUCACCGCUCUGGCACCAUCCACAAUUAAGAUCAAGAUUAUUGCACCACCUGAGCGCAAAUACUCUGUAUGGAUCGGUGGCUCCAUUCUGGCCUCGCUGUCCACCUUCCAGCAGAUGUGGAUCUCCAAGCAGGAGUACGACGAGUCUGGCCCUGGCAUUGUGCACCGCAAGUGUUUCUAAGCAUUUAGUGCACAACGUCAAACACAACAACAACAACAACAAUAACAACCACAACAACAACAAGAACAACAAAAGAAAGAACAACAAACACAACAACAAGAACAAAAAGAACAAGUGGCGUUUAUAUAUAGCCUAUAUGAGAACAUCUAAUAUGCAUAUAUCUUAUAUCUGACAUUGGGUAUAUGUUUAGCUAUGGCCAGGCUAGCUGCAUCUGGGCGCCGACAAAGCGCUCCACCCAUGCAAAAAAGUAUCUUUAAAAUUACAUUUAGUUGAAGAAGAAGAGAAGAAGAAGAAGAGGAAGGCGUGGAAGAAGUUGAAAUGGAGGCAAAGAGACCCAAACGAGUAGAUAGAGCAUCUUUUAUAUUUAGUUUCGAUUUGGAUUUUGAUUUGUUGCCAAGAGUUACACGGAGCUGACCAAGAGAACAAAAAACCUAGAAAAAUAAAAGACAAUCGGAUGUACAAUAAAACAAUA